CUGGUGUUUAUAGCUCUGGUUUUUCGACGUGCCGUAGAUCGCGGCAGUCUGUGUUGUUAGAGCAGGGCAGCUGGGACAGUGUGUUGAACAAUGGCUGCCUCAUCGUCAUCCUCUUCAGCUGGUGGUGUGAGUGGGAGUUCUGUGACAGGAUCCGGCUUCAGCGUUUCCGAUCUGGCUCCUCCACGUAAAGCACUUUUCACCUGUCCCAAAGCAGCUGGGGAGAUGCUGGAAGAUGGCUCGGAGAGAUUCCUGUGUGAGUCUGUUUUCAGCUAUCAAGUUGCAUCCACUCUAAAGCAGGUGAAGCAUGGUCUAAUCUUUUCAGAUCAACAAGUGGCUCGAAUGGAGAAGCUGGCUGGAUUAGUAGAAGAACUGGAAGCAGAUGAAUGGAGAUACACCCCUAUAGAACAACUUCUGGGCUUCACUCCUUCAGGAGGAAAGUGAUCAAUCAUAUGCAGUAAUAUCACUUAUUCAGUAUUGUGGCAAGAGUAGGAGCUACGUGAACAUCACAGUAGACGAGAAGUUGCUUGUGGUGGGAAAGCUUCGUUAAGGGAUUAUCCGUAACAUCUGAGGCAGAGGCAGUGUGUGGAGAAGUCAUGCAACCCAAAUGAAUGGACAUACCUAUUUGCAAAUUCUGCGAUUGUCCUCACAGUGCUUCCACGAGUAACAAUAAAAUACCUUUCUUUUGCAUA